AUGGCGGCAUCCAUCGGGGUGUGCUGUGCCCUCCGCAUCACACUUGGAGUGUGUGUGUGUGUGUUUACAGUAACGGCUGAAGAGCUAUGGAGAGGUGUGUUGGCUGAGUCCGGUGCUGGAGCAAGAAAGGGUCGAGGGAAGCGUACCAAACGCAAACUAAGGAGAGAUCUGAACCGAGGACAGACCAUUGGAGAGGGUCGUGGCGGUUUUCUGUGGCCUGGACUCAACAGUCCAGUCACUGACAAUGAAAAGUGCAGACCCGUUACGCUGCUGCAAGGGCUUCUGGAAACCUACGAGGAUUUCGAUUCACGUGUCAUCGAGGUGAAGAGUGUGUUCAACAUGACAGCCAAAGAAGGCAGAAAGAGGUCCAUCAGCUGCUUGGUCGCAGUGGGAAAUGGCAACGGAGCCGCAGGCUUUGCUUUGGGGAAAGCAGCAGACAGGAACACGGCUCUGAGGAAGGCCAAGAACAGAGCCAUCCACUACUUGUACUAUAUAGAACGAUACAAUGACCACACCAUUUACCAUGACUUUGAUUCCAAGUUUAAGAGGACGACACUCUGCAUGAAAAAACAAAACAAAGGUUACGGUCUGCACUGCCACAGGGCGGUCAUCACUCUUUGCAAGCUGAUCGGCAUAAAAGACAUGUAUUGCAAAGUAGAGGGAUCAGUCAAUCUCCUGAACAUCACCCGGGCUCUCUUCACUGGAUUAGCCAGUCAGGAAACCCACCAGACUCUGGCUGACAAGAAGCAGCUCCAUGUUGUAGAGUUUCAGUCACAGCGUGGCCUUCUGCCCAUGGUGGUGGCGAGUCCCAAAGACGGCGCACGACCCAACCCAGAGUCAGAGGAUGAGAUUCCCAACACCCGGCUGCACUGGGAUGACGUACGAGCUGCACAGGGGUUGAAACGCUCGAUCUGGGCAGGUGUCAAACGCACCAUCUGGUAAUGCGUGGGAAGGCUGAUGCUUGGAUAAGACCAAAGGAGACUUGAGUGGACUGAAGGAAACCAAUAGUGUCAAAUGGAUUAUCUGACUUGUUUUUUUCUAGUAACAGUAUGUGUGGAACUUGUUUGCUAGAAUUUUGGUUUUGUUAACGUCUCAACAUGUGAUGGAUUCUGUUUGUAAGAGUUUCAUUAUUUUCUCAACUGAGGACUAAAGUUCAGUGCUUUUUUCAGUAUAACACCAACUUUAUUGUCCAUAUCAAACCUAUGAUACUGAUGCAAAAUAGUGACAGUCAAUGUUACAGCAGAAGAAAUAUUUUACAUUCUGACUCUUCUUGAGAAUUAAUUUUGAACUGUUGCAAAUUACAACAUGUGCUAAUAAUAAAGUGUAAAUCUAUUAAAGUCA